GAAAACAAGAAGAGGGAAAGGUGGUAGUUUGGUAGUGGGAAUGUAGUGCGUGGGGAGUUAAGAGGCGUUGGGUGACGUAAUAUGUGCAUGCGCACUGCUCCGCCCCUCUUCUCGCUUCGUCAGCCGAGUCUAUUUAAAUCCAUUUGUGGCCUCGCCUUGCAGAUCAGUCGGUGUUUCACUCUCGUUUCAAGUCUUGUUCGAAUUCUUGUAUUCGUCCUCGUCCGUUUUCCAAUUCUCGAAUAAUUUCGAUAUUGCGAGAAGGUUCAGCUCUCAAAUCUCGUUUACAUGGCUGACGGUGGUGUUAAGAGAAACAUCCCAAUCAAGUUGGGCGAAUUUAGCGUCUUGGACACGGAAUUCAGCAACAUCAGGGAAAGGUUCGACGCUGAAAUGAGAAAAAUGGAAGACGAAAUGACCAAAUUCAGAUCCGAACUCAUGAACAGGGAAUCCAACUUUUUCAAAACGACCACCAGCACAAGCUCAAAUUCAGUGUCGACGAGCAGCGGAGGUCUCGGUGCGGACAAGCCUCAGAACUUGUGGUUGGAAAGUCUCAACUCUCCACUCAUCCAGGAAGAGGGAGACAGUAAAAUGUUGAAACUCAGGUUCGAUGUCAGCCAGUACCAACCAGAAGAAAUUGUUGUAAAAACUGUUGAUAACAAGCUUCUCGUACACGCUAAACAUGAAGAGAAAUCUGAAUGCAAAUCGUUCUACAGAGAAUACAACAGAGAAUUCCUUCUUCCAAAAGGCACGAAUCCCGAGUCAAUCAAAUCUUCACUGAGUAAAGACGGAGUUCUGACAGUCGAAGCUCCACUUCCUGCUUUGGCCGGCCCAGACAAGCUCAUUCCCAUAACCCAACACUAAAUAAACACCGAAAAACACCGCCAUGAGGGCUCAUUUAUCCAUAUUUAAUUUUUGUAUAUAUAAUUAAUUAUAUUUUUGAGUAUUAGUAACACUGAGAGAGAAAGGGAAAUUACAAUAGGAUUGGCUUUUCAUACUUGGUUAAAUCUGUCCAAAUCACUCUUCAGUCACAAAUAACAACCACAAUUAUCAUUUUGAAUAUAAGUAUAAUAAAACAAAUUAAACAAUUAUUAGUUGCUAAUUUACAUUUAAGUAUUCGUAUUAUACUUAUUAAACUGGGAUAUAUAUGGUCCAAAUAAAGAAAUAUAUAUUUUAAGGGUGACUGGGAAAUUAAUAAUCAUUAAAAUAUGAAAACAGACUAAUAAUUAUAAGUUAAAACAAAAGCUUUAUAAAUAUGACUGAAUUUAUGUAGGUUAAGUUUUAAAACUAUUCAUCUACUUAAUUAAUAAGCCUUAUUGUUCAAUACUAGUACUAAUAAGCUUUUCUCAUCAAACCGUUUUUAAAAAACCCUCAAGUUUGAUGUUUUUAUAAGAUCACUAAACUUCCUAAGCCUAAACCAAUAAAAUAUAAUAAUUUAAAUAUAGUUUCUAUUUUUCACUGUUAAUUUAUUACUGAGGGAUGUUGAACAGAGUAUUUAACCUAAAUUGUACUUUUUUCAUGUGUGAAACUGUAUCCUAUUGCAAUUUCAGGCAUUGUUACCAUUACCCAAGGGGGAAAGACUAAUUUUAUUUUUGAGCUUUAACAGAAAAUUUCUUAUUAUUUAUCUAUUUUUAACAGUCGGUAGGAUGUAAAAAGUAAUCAAAUUUAUUUUUAACAAAACAUAUGUACUAAACUGCAAGAUUAAGAAAAUUUUACUACGUUUCUUUUUCAGACAGAGAAAAUUAAAGCCCUCAUGGCAAAAAAGUUUUCAAAACAUUUGUAAUUGUUAAUAUUAAGGAAUAAAAAAUGGUUCAAUUUGUAUUUUGGAUAAUGAGAAGUGAAUAUUUAUUUUGGCAAGUAACCUCUUUGAAAGAAAAUCUAGCCCAACAGGCUUAUACGUUUGUGCCUAACUUUUUUUUUAACUUAGUUUUUCAAUUGUAUAUUCUAUUUUUGUUUAACAUACUUUUUAUUAAACUCUGAGGUAUGCAGGAGUGUGUACCAUUGUAAUCAGGUUUUCAUAAAAUGACAACAAAAAAA